GUAAAAUGGGUGCAUGACGGCGGUGAGGGCAAGGGGAAAGUGAAGAGUUACACACGCGAUGGGGGAGGAAUGGGAUUCUUUCUUUGGUAAGGCAGACUUCAGACUUGGGGAGGGAGCUGAGAUGAGAUGAGAAGAGGUAGAAGCGUGCACGUGCACGGUUUACCGGAUUACGGAUUACCCACUAAGUUACCUCUCCUCUCCUCUUCCUUUUCUCCAUCCCACAAUACCCGACGACGACGAGAAAUCUCACCGGCUUCGUCGCCAGCGUCUCUCGUUUUUAUAUAUACUAAUCUGCCAGUACGCUCGUUUGUGGCUCGACACUCGUUAGUGCCUUGUCCGUUUUAUACGGCCGUAAUUUUUGGAUUUCCGUGAGAAGAGAGAGGUGUAAAAAGUGAGGGAUACGGGAUAGGAAGAAGACUGAAAGGGAACUGAAGACCGACGACCAGGACACGAAAACGCGAACACUACAUUUCGCGUUCGAAGCUGGUUGGGGGUUCACAUAUAUCUCAAGGGUCAAGGGACUCCGUUUGCUGCUCGACGUCUCUGAGGACCGGUUUUUGACGACGGAUAAAUUGGACUGCUUCCGAAUUCGAUUUUGCGAGGGACGAAGCGACACUUUUCUCAUACAUACAUAUAUAUACAACUAAUCGCCGCGGAACUCUACGACAUAAUACAUCAUGGUCCGCUCCUCACUCCUCCUCGCCGCCUUCGCGGCCAUCGCUACCGUGCACGCCGCGACGAAGUGCGAUCUGGAUAACCACUGCCCCGAAUCCCAGCCCUGCUGCUCCCGCAAGUCUUCUUACUUACUUCCCGGAAUAACCCAACCAUGACUGACUGGCCACCCACAGAAUACGGCGAGUGCGGCAAGGGCGCCUACUGCCUCGGCGGCUGCGACCCCCUCUCCUCCUUCGUCCUCGACUCGUGCGUGCCGGCGCCGGUGUGCCAGGACAAGACAUACGCAUUCAAGGACAUGACGGGGAUCACCUCGAAAACCAAGUACCUGGGCGACCCGUCCAAGACGGACUGGGUGAUGGAUGGGCACGCGGUGCCGUACAAGAAUUCGCUGCUGCUGACGAUGGCGCCGAGUACGGUGGGCACGGUGCUCGCGACGUCGAGGUAUAUGUGGUAUGGGAAUGUGAAGGCGAGGUUUAAGACGGGGAGGGGGAAGGGGGUGGUGACGGCGUUUAUUCUGCUGUCGGAUGUUAAGGAUGAGAUUGAUUAUGAGUAUGUUGGUGUUGAUCUCAAGACGGCGCAGACGAAUUAUUAUUACCAGGGUAUCACGAACUACAAAGAAGGAGGCAACAUCUCCCUCUCUGACACCUUCAACAACUACCACGAGUACGAGAUCCGUUGGACGCCCGACUCCAUCACCUGGCUCGUCGACGGCCAAGUCGGCCGCACCAAGCUCCGCAAGGACACCUGGAACUCAACCUCCAACCAAUGGGCCUUCCCCCAGACCCCCGCGCGCGUGCAAAUCUCCAUCUGGCCCGGCGGCCUCGCCUCCAACGCCAAAGGCACCAUCGACUGGGCCGGCGGCGUGAUCGACUGGGCCGGCCCCGACAUCCAGUCCAACGGGUACUACUACGCCCAAUUCGAGAGCGUGAGCAUCGAGUGCUUCAAUGCCAACACCGCCCCCGGCACUAACAAGCGGACCUCGUACACCUACAAUAACAAGCUAGGCACUAACGACACCGUCGUCGACGGCGACAAGCCCACCGUCCUCAAGUCCCUCCUCGGCACCGGCACGGACAUGAACGCCAACUACCCCAAAGCGGGGAGCAGCGCCGACCCGUCCGCGAGCUCGGGCGUGGCGGUUAUGCCGGGCAUGGAUGGGGCGGGGCCGGGGACCGAUGGGCAUCCAGAUGAGAAUGGAUCGACGACGUCGCAUGGGGAUGGGCAGGAUGGGUCGGGGACGGCGGUGGAUGGCGCGGAUAGCACGACGACGGGCUUUUCGCAGGGGCUGCAGGCUAAUCUGAGUAGUGCCGUUGGGGGGCCGACGUAUAGCGUGCUGUCGGCGCUGGUGGCGGGGUGUGUGGUUUUGGGGAUGGGGUUGCUGUGA